AUAAACUGGUUUUGUGUACGUGUGUGUCAAGAUGUGUUAAGCAAUUGGAAAGCACCCAAUGACACUAAGUUACACUAAUAGUGCUAAUAGUGAGAAGCUUUUGAACUGUUGAGUCUGGUGAUACACAGAGGAGAGUUUUAAGCAGAUUGCAUACCCUCGUAUAAAGACUUUGGCUAGAUUUUGGAUUGUGCUCUUAGUUUAAAGUUUGGAAUAGAUUUCAAGUGCAUUCGGCUGAAUACAUUUGGUAUUUGGUCCGUCUCGGCACUCUACGUAUAACGCUGACGACUUUGGCAGACAUCUUGAUUUACGAUUAAACGAAUGACAAAGGACAGUGGAUUCGAUAAAGAAGAUGGAUGUGGAAAAGGAGGAAAUGCAGUUAAGGAACACUCAGACUGAGUUGAGUAUUGUUGAAACGCUGAUAUCACUCAAAGAUAAAAGUAUGAGAGAUAACCUACUGAUUACUGAUAUGGGUAUAAGCAAUACUGAAAACUCGCAAGCUAAAGGUGGUGGGCCGGAUAAAUGCAUAAAAGAGAACAGAGCGAGAAAUAUUGCUAAUAAAUAUACGAAUAGCAGUAAAGGACCGUUUGAGGUUCACGUAGAGGCUUGUGAGGAGGAUAGUAUAUCUAGUAAGGCAAAGCCAAGUGAUAUAAAAUUUGGCAAAGAAAUGGCAAAAAUUGUCCCGAAUAUUUGGCGCACUGCCUUUAACCUAAGAGCUUUGGGAAUGAGAAAAUUCACGGUUUCUUUUCCUAAUGGCGAUAUGGCUAAUGAGCUGAUCAAAUUAUUUUCUACUAAGACUGAUAUGAGGAUAGCUAGUAUCAAAUGGGAUGCAUAUAUAUCUGAUUAUAGAAUCUGUACUAAGGUGACAACUACUGAUUUCGACUUAGCUGAACCAGCGGAGGACAUUAUGGAAGGGUUAAUGUCGCCUCCACAUUUGAGAAAUUCUUGGCCUAAGUUACUAAGUGUCAAGCAUAUAAUUUUUCCUACUCAGGCCAGAAGCAAGGGCUUCACUUUGCUUGCAUUUGAGGGCACAGACUACCCGAAAGCUGCAAUAUACUAUGGCAAAAAGAUACGCUUCAUGCCAUAUAUCCAGAAAUCCAAGAGAUGUCUAAAUUGUCAAAGAUUUGGGCAUUUCAUGGAACAAUGCAGAGGGGGUUCUGCUGCUAGAGUUUGUAGAAUUUGUGCUAGUAAAGAUCACUUCGCAAAGAAUUGCAAUGCUACCUAUGCCAAAUGCAUUAACUGCAUUAGAAAUAGACGCUCGGAUAUAAAUCAUAGAGCUAGCUCUAAUAACUGCCCAAUCUUUAUAGAGAACAAGAGGACGAAAAUUAUAAUGGCCAAACUUGGUGCCGGCCCAUUGGAUGCUGCUGCUUUCUAUAAAGCCGCUGGAUUUCGACUGGGUGACUGCUGAUAUGAUACAGGAUAUAAUAAAGAAGCGGAUGGACCUACGUUCGCGGACUAUAUUCCUUGGAUAAUGGAAGAAAAAAGUUACUCGGAUCAAGGAUCUUUUACUCCCAGUUCAUCUGACACGGCAACAAGAGAAGUCCCGAGGAGUUCGACGAUGUCUUCUGGCUCUUCGUUUGCGACAACUCCUAGUAUUGAUAAGAGUGUACCUAAUAAAAAUAAUACACUCAUGAAAAAACAACAUUUGGAUUCUAGUGAUAACUCGGACGCCAGAAAAAGAAAAAGAGUUGUCUGGGAUGAAUUCACAAAGCAUCUUGAUGACGCAAUUUCCAAAGAAUUUCCAAAUUUAAAUGAGUUGAGGGGAUCACCCAAUCCUGCUCUCGACUAUGAAGCUCUUCAGUCGAAGAUUGAUAUGUCGCUUAUUCAAUCUGGAGCUAAGGUUAGCAACAGGAAAUCUUUUAAACGGAAGCCUCCCACACCAUAGUGGGACGAAAAAUGCGCUGCUAUACACAAAGAGAAGGUGGAUGCGUUUCAUGAGUUUAAGAAAAGACCUAAUAUCGAUAACAUUAACAAAUACAAUGAGAUAUGUAAAUCAGUUAAAAGAUUUAAAAAAAUCAAGAGAGAUAAGUACAAAGAAUUCUGCGCAUCUUUAGGUAAAGACUCGGAUAUAAAGGAAACGUGGAAUAAAGUCAAAGCCUUCAAAAACAACAAAUUUUUAAUUGAUAAAUCUGAAUCUCAGUGAAGUAAAAAUUCAAUCAGCUAAAGAUACAUUUCAUAAUGUAGUUCAUGAGAAAUCCUCGGGUAACAUAAAUAACUCAUUUGUGAAGGAUAAUAAAAAGGAAAAAGAUAUUACGACUCAUCCAUCUAUCGAGAAGAAUGGAUAAUGUAAAAAAGCUUUGCUCGAAGACUUCUCUAAGAAAGAAUUUUCCACAGUUGUAAGCAAAAUUUAAAAAAAAAAAUCAGCGCCUGGUCCUGAUAUAAUCUCCUAUGCUGUUAUAUCACAUUUUCCAGAGGUGAUGUUUGAGGUCCUUCUGGCUAUAUUUAAUGCAAUGUUUUUCUCUGGAAACUUCCCUGCUAAGUGGAAAGAGUAUUAUAUGGUCUUCAUACCUAAAGCUGGAUCGGACAAAACGAGGCCCAUUUCGUUGGCUAACACGAUUUUUAAAAUUAUGGAAAGACUCGUUAAGACCAGGCUGGAAUAGUGGCUAGAGGCUCAUUGUAUUCUGCCUCCAUAUCAAAAUGGAUUCAGGAGGGGUAGAUCUUGUGCAUUAAGUAUCUUGACACUGCAGACAUUUAUUGCAGAAGCGUUUAAGGAGGGUUGUAGAAUGGGAGUAAUAUUCAUUGACAUAAAAGGUGAAAGAAUUGGAUCAGUGGGGGUUCCGCAAGGAUCCGUGUUGAGUCCUUUGUUAUUUAACUUAUAUAUGUCCAGGAUACAUUUGAAUCUGGAAAAGGAUAUACACAUUAUCUCUUACGCUGAUGAUGUUAUUAUUUUUUACAAGAAUAAAAGUAUUAAAGAAA